UUGGGCCAUGUGGGCGCCCGUUUGAUUCGCCAAGCCAAAACAUCCAGUCAUUACUUCGAUAUUGUGCUGUUAUUUUUUUUUUUUAAUUGAAAAAAUCAGUGUUCGCGAAUUCCAAAACGAUUAAUAUUUCCUUUGCGGAGUGUUGUACGCGAGUUUUAGUGUAUUUUGUGGUGUCUUCGUUUAACGAAAAAUUUGCCAUUUGAAAAUUUUGUGCAAUGCUAGAAAAAAUUGGAAGACGAUGAAUACUUUGCUGAAUGCAUUCAACAAGGCGAAAUACCUGACGCCAACUGCCAAAUACCUACACGCUUUAGGUGACGUACUCCUAUACGUACUGGUGAAUUACUCAUUACGGAUUUUAUAACCGAAUUAGUGAAAAUUUUGUACCGAAAGUUUUUCAUUUUGUCUGUGAUAUAAUUCGUCGCCGCCACCGCCGUCGUCGCCGUUUCCGUUAUAAUAAUAUUGUGUACGAUGGGAAAAUCGCCCUGUUGUGUCACGUCGUGUUUAUUGCGUCAAACGCUUAUAUUAUCGUCGCGUACAAAUUCGAUUAUGGAUAGCGAACGUUCGAUGUUUACAAAAGUUCGAUUUUAACCUACCAAUAAAGAUCUCGUUUUAAAAAAAAAACAACUCCCCCGUACAGUCUCCGUCACUCUUCCUGUCCGACUACGCCGAUCGAGCAUUUGAAACCGCAGGUACCUACCUUUUAAUCACGCACGUUUUUUGAUUUCAUCUUAGCCAUGCCGACGUCAAAUUCGACCGCCAAACAUGACGAAGAAGCGGGUAAACCGAAAGUUGAGAAGGUUGAUAACCUUAAACGUGAGAUGGACAUCGACGAUCAUCAAAUUCCCGUCGAGGAGUUAUGCGCGCGUUUCCAAACAAGCCCGGAAAAAGGACUGACAUCGGCCGAAGCAAAAAGGAUCUUACUGCGAGAUGGUCCUAACGCUUUAACACCGCCAAAAAGCAUACCAUGGUGGAUUACACUGAUCAAACACAUGUUCGAGGGCUUCUCGAUUCUACUUUGGAUCGGAGCAGCUUUAUGUUACACGGCGUAUUUGAUCGAAUACACAACAUCCGAAGACGCAGCCGAAGAUAAUUUAUGGUUAGGUACUGUGUUAGUCUUAGUAUGUGUAAUCACCGGUAUAUUUUCGUAUACGCAAGAAGCAAAAAGUUCCAAAAUUAUGGACUCUUUUAAAACGAUGGUUCCUCAGUACGCGAGCGUGGUCCGAGAUGGCGAAACUAAAACCAUCCUUAGUUCCGAACUAGUCAAAGGUGACCUAGUCAACGUGAAGUUUGGUGAUCGAAUACCAGCCGAUAUACGAGUAAUAGAGAGUCACGGUUUCAAGGUGGAUAAUUCAUCGUUGACUGGCGAAUCUGAACCGCAGCCCAGAGAUGCUAAACAAUCAAAAGCUACAUCCUGUUUAGAAGCUUCAAAUUUAGCUUUCUUCUCCACAAAUGCGGUUGAGGGUACAGCUAAAGGUAUCGUUAUUUUAUGCGGUGAUAAUACAGUUAUGGGUCGUAUUGCUGGAUUGACGUCUCGACUAGAGCAGGAUGAUACACCAAUUGCCAAAGAAAUCCAUCAUUUUAUGCAUUUAAUAUCAGCCUGGGCCAUCUUCCUGGGUGUAUCGUUCUUCUGCAUGGCUUUCUUGCUGGGUUACGAGUGGCUAGAUGCUGUAAUCUUCUUGAUCGGUAUUAUCGUCGCCAAUGUACCAGAAGGUUUACUGGCCACUGUGACUGUUUGUCUGUCGUUGACUGCCAAACGAAUGGCAUCGAAGAAUUGCGUCGUCAAGCAUCUGGAAGCUGUUGAAACGUUAGGAUCGACAUCAACCAUUUGUUCAGAUAAGACUGGUACCCUGACCCAGAAUCGUAUGACUGUAACACAUCUGAGUUUCAAUCACGAUGUCGUCGAAGUUGAUUAUUUCAAAGAUCCUACUGGUAUAACCGAAGAUAUCCGAAAUACCAAAGCGUACCAGUCAUUGGUAAGAGCCGGAUGUCUGUGCAGCAGAGCUGAAUUCGUUUCUGGUCAGGAGAAAGUGCAGCCUUUGAAACGCGAAGUCAUCGGUGACGCUUCCGAAGCAGCCAUCAUUAAAUUCUCCGAGUUGGCCAUCGGCAGUGUAAAAGCUUUCCGAGAACAGCACAAGAAAGUAUGCGAGAUACCAUUCAAUUCGACCGAUAAAUUCCAAGUAUCCGUUCACGAGUUACCAUCCAAUGGACAACUGGUUGUAAUGAAGGGAGCGCCGGAAAGAAUUCUAGAAAGAUGUACCAGGAUGAGAUACGGUGACGGCGUCGUUGAUUUGACUGAUAAGUUACGUCACGAUGUUGAAGAAAUCAUCGAACAACUGGGAAAUUACGGCGAACGAGUCAUUGGUUUUUGCGAUUUAUUCCUCAGCACAGACGAAUAUCCUUUAGGCUUCGAAUUCGUAACAGAUCCGCCAAAUUUCCCACUGACUGGGUUACGUUUCUUGGGCCUGAUGUCCAUGAUUGAUCCGCCUCGUCCUGGAGUACCAGAUGCCGUGUCUAAAUGCCGUACCGCCGGUAUCCGCGUAAUCAUGGUAACUGGUGAUCAUCCAGUAACAGCUAAGGCUAUAGCUAAAGCUGUAGGCAUCAUUUCCGAAGGCUCAGAGACAUUGGAGGAUAUCGCCAAACGCCGCAUGGUACCAGUAAGUUCCUUAGAUCCUCGAGAGUCUACCACAGUCGUCAUACAAGGAUCUGUACUCAGACACAUGUCUUCCGAAGAACUAGAACAGGUGUUGCGUAAAAACAAAGAAAUAGUGUUUGCUCGCACAUCUCCAACCCAAAAGCUGCACAUAGUGGAAGGGUGUCAGAAACUAGGCGCUAUUGUGGCUGUCACCGGAGAUGGUGUCAAUGACUCACCAGCUCUGAAGAAGGCCGAUAUUGGUAUAGCUAUGGGUAUCACUGGAUCAGACGUAUCCAAACAAACUGCUGAUAUGAUCCUCUUAGAUGAUAACUUUGCCUCAAUCAUCACAGGAGUCGAAGAAGGACGACUGAUUUUCGAUAAUUUAAAAAAAUCCAUCGCUUAUACCUUAGCCUCCAAUGUUCCUGAAAUAACACCCUUCCUUCUAUUCAUCUGUAGCGGUAUACCAUUACCUCUGGGUGUUGUUGCUGUGCUCUGUAUCGACUUGGGAACCGAUAUGUGGCCCGCUAUAUCUCUAGCAUAUGAAAAAGCUGAAUCCGAUAUAAUGAGACGUCAUCCUCGAAACCCCAGAGAAGAUAAACUAGUAACUGGUAAGCUGAUCUUCGUUGCCUAUGGUCAAAUAGGUGUCAUUGAAGCUGUAGCCGGAUUCUUCUCGUAUUUCGUUAUAAUGGCUCAAAGUGGCUGGAUGCCUUUAGAUUUGUUUGGUAUUAGGGCUGCCUGGGAUUCCAAAGCCAUCAACGACUUACGCGACAGCUAUGGCCAAGAAUGGACAUAUGGCAAUCGUAAAAUCCUCGAAUACACUUGCCAUACAGCCUUCUUCAUCGCCAUUGUUGUAGUCCAAUGGGCUGAUUUGAUCAUAUGUAAGACCCGUUACAAUUCCAUUGUGCACCAAGGCAUGGAUAACUGGAUACUCAACUUUGGUAUGGUUUUCGAAACAUUGGCAGCCUGUUUUGUUUCCUAUUGCCCUGGUAUGACUGAAGUCCUAAAGACAUACCCAGUACGAGCUGAAUGGUGGCUACCAGCAGUACCUUUUGCCAUUGUUAUAUUCAUCUAUGAUGAAGGUCGUCGAUGGUGGCUAAGAACACAUCCUGGAGGAUGGGUUGAAAGGCAUACCUACUACUAGAACACCUGUUUGUAUUAUCGAUUGCUCGUUCAUAUCGACUUUAAAGCGGUUCUUUCCAAUAAUGAAAUUAUGUAUCAGCGAGAGUUCUCAACACCAAUCAGAGAAGUAGUCCAAAACCAUUGCCAACAACAUUAUCAUCAUCAGCAACAAAAACAAAAACUAAAAACGCUAUACCUACUAUUUAAAUUACAUAGUGAAUUACUUCAUUACCACCGCCAAAGUAGUAAUAACCGUGAAGUGUUCGAAGAGUAGAUUUUUUUCUCAUACCUAUACAUUUGCAAGUUGAAACAAAUAAGUUAUUUAUAUGUAUGGAUAAGAUUUAAACGAAUCGAAUUGCGUCUUCGAGAUGAUUCAGCCUCCUCAAUUUUAAAUUCGUAGACGUUAUCGCAUGUUUUUUUACAUUAUAAAUAUUAUACAAUUUUAGGUGUCUAUGUGUAUUUGUAUAAUUUAUAAUAGGCAACGCCAUAAUUCCAUCCAUUUAGUAUUAUACUCGUACAAGUUAUUUUUUUAACGACAAAAUCUUUCUUCUUUCGCGCCAAAAGCCACGCAAUGAUGUACAAAGGAUAGAAAUUACCAAGCAGUAUAGGUAGGUACCUAAAGAUAUAUUCUGAUGGGCGCUUACAAGCCAUUUUUGUUCCUAGCACGGAGACAAAACGUAACCUCGAGCCAUUUUCUUAUUUUCACGUGCAGGUGAAAGACAAAGAAAGAAAACGGCGGGGAAAACGAGGCCGCAUUAGUAAAGCAAAUAGUUGUAUCUUUUGCACGCUGUCCUUUGCACGUCAUUGCGUUACUAUUAUUUUUAUUAUUUCGUAUACUAACAGCAGUUCACCACCAACGAGUAACUAAAUAAACCUAAACUCGACAAAAAAAAAAAAAAAAAAAAUGUGUCAAUUACGGAAAAUUUUUAGUUUACUUUUCUCUCCAAAAAUUUCAUUAUUCUUUUGUUAAUCGAGACUUGUGCAUUAGAGAUAAACUUGUAUAAAAACCAGGUAUACCUCCUUCCUCGUCAUUAACUACAAAUCUUACAGUUACUAUGAAACGUCGCAUUUCUCAACAUUAAUAUUGUACUUACUCCUACUACCGUAUGUUCCGUAAAUAAUACAGCUUCAUACAAGGUAGAGAUGUGCCUUAACUGUUUGCUAUAGUACUUUAUUUUUUAUUGUGUUGCAUAUGUGACUACGUGUUGAUAUUAUUACUAAAAAAAGACAAAAAAAAAAUCAUAUCCGACAAAGAUAAUACUUACCUAAUUGCAAUAAAUCAAUCAUACUUAAGAGAAUACCUUCUUAUUCCCUCGCAUAUCUAGGCCUACUUAUACGUAGAAUGUAGAUAGGUUUAUGAAAACAAAACUUAAAACAUUAUUAAAGCUUAUAAAUUCUUUCUUUCACAUAUUUUUAAAUCAAAGUGUUUUUAAAUGCCAAAAAUUCGACCAUAAAUAUCGUUUUAAAUGGUUACACAAAAUAUGGCUCCAUUUACCAAAAAAAUUAUUUAUUUUUUCCACGUCUUGGCUAGGCUCGAGCAUGAUACAAAAAGUUACUGCCCGGAUCAUCUGAUUAUGUAUGAAAACUUUUAUCGAAGAAAUUCUCCACUAUGACCAUAACUUUGUAAGAAAUUACAAAGAUUAAAUUUCUUUUUAAAAUUAUAAAUAUAUCGAAGAUACUCGCCGUAGUAGUUAUAUACCUAACUUUGUUUUAAUAUAUAUCGCGUUGACAUAGUUUCAAACAUGGCCAAGUUUUCGAUACGAUAAAUUUUAUAUAAAGACUCCGUCGAACCAAUGUUUCUCUUACGUAUAUUGAUUUAUAAUCUAAUAUUACGUACCUCCUUUUCUCCCAGCACUUCCCUUCCUCUCCGUUCUUCUACAUUAUAUGUACGUGUACAAUAUAUAUAAGCGUAUUGUAUUUCUAUAAUAAUGUAUGUGUAUCCUCUGUGUGAAUGUGUGAUUAUAUGUAAUAUUCGUACAUAUUAAUUAUAAUUUAUAUUCGUUAUACGAUAAAAUCUAUGAUGCCGAAUUUAAAACUCUAAAAAUCAACACCCUCCCUGCCCCGCUGAUUCGAUUAUAAAAUAAUUUAAAAUAUAGUAGGUAGGUACGCGAAAUACCUAAUACGAUACGAUAUUGUGUGGUUAUAAUCGUCAAUUAUGUGUAUUAAAAAAAAAUCGAAUGUGUAUAAUUUUAUUUUUCGUUUUCGUUUUUAUAGUUUUUAAAAAAAUCGUAUCGUUUUCGAGAAGAGAACCUCCUCCCUUUCCCUUUCUCUCAAAGAAGAUAUGGAACCCCAACUUAUCUAUUCGUAUGUUGAUAGUAUUUUAAGCGCCUAUUAUCUCUGGUAAUUAAAAAAUUAUACGCUCGAGCAAAAAACCUCAUCGGAAAACAAUAAUUUGAAACGAUUUUCUUAUAAACGUGCAAGUUUUUAAUUUCUUUUUCUUUUUCGUUAUUAAAUUUAUUCGAAUUCGCCGUUCGUUGAUUUAAUGUAAUUUCAAUAACACAUUCCAGUGGUGUUUUUUUCUUGUUGAUUUUUUUUCUUUUGUUUCGGACGUACGUUGAUCCGCCUGUUUCUUUUUGAGGUUGAAAAAGUUGACUGAAGAAUAAAAUUUUUAGAUAAUUAUACUUGAUAUUGUAGAAAAAUCGUGUUUUUUUAUUCUUAAUUAUUUUUCAAUCUCUUUAGUAGGUAACGUAACUUACGAGUAUAAUUUGAUAUGCUAUAUAAUUUAAUAUGGCGUCGCGUUUUUGUUAAAUUAAAAAAAGCAAUGUUGGAAAAGUCAUCCGACGCGAAUCAAGUUGCAAUUAAAUUUUUCAAAUUAAAAAAAAAUCAUAAUUUGAAGUGGUGUAGCAAAGAUUUGCUGCAAAGAAAACAAACGAGAAAAGGGGAAAGGGCCAAGGGAAGAAAUACAAUAAAAAACGUGGAAAUAAUAAAGCAGCAUCAAAGUACAUAAAUGUACCUACUCGUAGAAUGAUUAAAGCAAAAGAGGCAAACGGAUAGCAAAAAAUAUGAAGUGGAGAAAAGUAUACGGCCAUGAGAUUGACUAAUAAAAAGUUGAAGGAAAAUAAAAGGAGUUGACGAAUAGAAUAGAGGAGUCACGAAUCAGAGGGGUGUGUGUGUGGUAUCAAUGGAAAUUUGAGUAAGUGUUUUAUUGAGAUUUGGAAAUGUCUCAAAAUUAGGUAUGAAAUUUGAAAUUUUGGAUUCAAGAAAGCCUUUAUUUUUAAACAGAGAAUCAACAAUACGGUUAAUUUUUAUUUUGAAUAAAAAUUAAUCAAUUUCUAAAAAUAUUUUGAAAAUUUACAAAAAGUUGAUUUUUUAAAAUUAUGUAAGGUAACAAUUUUUUAAAAAAAAGAUUAUCAACAAACGUAUCAUUGUUUAAAGAAAAAGGGAAGAGGGAGAGAAUAAUAACAGAAUUUAAAUUUUGUUUUGAUCAAAUUUCGAAAAUAUUUGAAAAUUAAAAAAAAACAUAGUCAGCAAAAAUUGAUUUUUUAUAAAGGAAGAUUUCUGUCUCAUUUUCCAAAAAUAUAGGUUUCAACAAAUUUUUUUGAAUUUUAAAAAUUUGAAUCAAACGUUGAUCAAUUCUCAAUAGCAAAAGAAGAGAGGGAAAAAAGAAACCAAAUCAACGGUUUUUGAGUUCAAAAAUAUCAUAGGUAGGUAAUAUCAUUUUUAUUUCUUAAAAAUUUAUUCUAGCAAUUUCUUUUGAUUUUGAACAAAUCACUCCAAGACUCAGUCCAUCCUCAUUAAUAUAAGGGAGAGUUAUUUCACAGACAUUUCGACCCCGAGCUCAUUCCCUUUUCUUUGCACAUUUUUUCGAAUCGCAAUAAAACACCUUCGCUACGCCACUUUUUCUCAGUACUUAGUUCAUCUCAGUACCCCUUGUGAUCAUAAGAAAGGAAAAACUGAAAGAAAAAACAUCAAAAUUUGUACGCCUCUCGAAGGGCAAUUACCCCCAAAUCCAGUAAAUUUACAAUAACAACGCCUGGCACGUUAGCUGGGUCAUGUUCUCAUGAAUUGAAAACCCUAAACCUAUUUUAUACUUCGAAGGUGCUCACCUCGAAGAUGAAAAUUUCGUUGUUAAUCUUUUGUUACUCCAAUGUUGAAUUAUGUUACAAUAAGUAUAAAUUAAGUUUAAAAUAAAAUAAAAAAAAUACGUAAGAAACUCCCAUUUUAGAAUUAACUUUUAAAAAAACAAUUCCAGUUAAACGUUUUAAUUUGUAAAUACGUAAACCUGUAACUAGAUAUACUUUAUAAAAACAAAAUCACCUAAACGAGGAGAGUCAAGAAAAGGGUUAAGCAGUUUGAAAACCCUUUUCGCAAAAAAAAAAAAACUACCAACACGCUCACCUUAAUUCGAAUAUAAAAAUUCAAAUCGGUAAUGCUAUAGUAGAACUAAACACGUUGCAUUUCCCACUAUUUAUUAUUAUAAUUGUAUUUUUUUUUUCAUCAUCAUUAACGCCAUCACCUCCAAAAUGUGAUCAUAUUUAAUUCGUCCGAAAAAUUAAGAUUCGGGUGUAAAGGUUUAUUACGAUGGAAAAAUGAGAAAGCGUAUAGAGUCCGUGUGUAUUCUCAGAACAGAACAAAAUUUAGUACCGAAUGAUGCUUUUGUGAUAUUUUUGUAAAAUUUUAAAUAAGAAACGAUGUUAUUUUGUAAGCGAAAUUUAAAUUAUCCUCCUUUUUUCUCCGACGAAGAGAGGGGUAAUUCUGUGAACUUAACGACAAUUAAUAACAUUUCUCUGUAUAGGCUUCAUCAUGAACCCUAAUUACGCUUUCGCAUUAACCAAUAGAGCAAGCCCGAACCACUUGGAAGUGCAAAUUCCACUUUCCACCACGAUAAAAAGAGCCAUCGUUGAAAUGACUCUUGCAUAGAAAGGAGUUUUAAUGUAAAGAAAUGAGAGUGGGCAUAUGAACGGUAGUUACUACAUAGCAUUUUGCUUUGUGGGCGAAUAUUCGAGUGGAAAUUUCGACUGCUGUAUGUAGAUUAAUACCGUUAAAGUUAUGUUAACAUUAUUAAAGCAGCCUAGAGCAAAUGGCGUAAAAUUUUAGCUCAUCGUUGAUUAGCCUACAUAUACCAUGCUAUAUGUGAGCACCACGACGACGAGAGAGAACGGAGAAGCCAACGAAUAAAAUUGUAUUCGGCUCUCGGGUUGCCUAUAUCGUGCUCCUUAAUGUAUGCCUUUUUCAGUGUGUUUAUGUUUAUGUGUGUAUUUUUCUUCUACUAUUUUUUUUUUCCUAGAGAAUACAGUAUCUUCCAUUAAUGUUAUAUAAAAAAAUAUAAAAAAAAUAUAUAUUGUAUGUAGACCAUUUUUUACUCUGGAAAUUUCAGUUAGUAAUAAUAUACUCGAUGUUUCAUUCCAAAAAAUGCUUAAAUAGAAUACGCGCUCGUGCAUGGUUUGAUUAUACUUGUAUAACGAUCUAUAUGAUAAUUUUUUCAACGAAAAUUUACGAAAAAAUGGUCUUCUCUCUCUAUAAAGUUCUUAUUUACUAUUUAUUCAAUAUGUGUAUAGAACUUUACACGUCGUUUAUAUGUUACGUUUAUGUUUAUUUUAGGCAUGCCGAUGCAGAGUUUGUUAUUUAUUAUUAAACUUAUUACGGGAGUAAAUGAGCUUAAUAUGCUGUUAGAAUUUACCCUAAGUUAAGUGCUAAGGUAGUUUGUUACUUUCUGGUAAUGUUUCAUUUUCUUAAUAAAACAUUUGAACUGUU